AUGACGACCAAGGGAAGCUGUGCCUGCGGGGCCAUCGCCUACCAAUUCGAGGGCGAAGCAUUGACCAAGGCUCUGUGCCACUGCAUCGACUGUCAAAAGUGGACAGGCGGCGCCUUCACCUCCAACGCCAUCGUGCCGCGUACCGCCUUCUCCGUGACCAAGGGCACGCCGCGGACGUGGGACGCCGUCGCCGCCAGCGGCAAGAUCAACAAGCACUUCUUCUGCGGCGACUGCGGGUCGAGCCUCUACACGGAGCUCGAGGUCCUGCCGGACGUGACGUGCGUCAAGGCCGGCGGGCUCGACGGCGGGGCCGCGAGCCUUGACGGCGUCAUCAAUGUCGAGUAUUACACAAAGGACCGCGUGUCGUACCUUGGCGAGGCGCUGAACGCCGAGCAGAAGACGCACUUUGGGUAG